AUGGCGGAGCUUCCCAGAUGGAGGCGGAAGGCAGUUGAUGACCUAGAUAAGAUCCCAUCCACUGAGCAGGAGUGGCUUGAAAUGGUCAAAACAUAUAGCUUGGUCAAUGCCAAACUCCAGAACUUGUGCUCCUAUGGUUCUUUCUCUGCGUCAACAGUGCCUAAAGCAGCCUUCCUCACUGUCCGAUGCAUUUGGCCAGAAGUGAUGACUGUUGGGGAUGCGUUACCAUAUAUUCUCAGGACGGGGUCGUACUUCAGUGAAGAACAUGUUGCCCAGGCUACAAAGCUUAUCAAUAGGAAACUUCUCGGACUCGACAAGCUAGACACUCUGUUUGAUGUCAUCUGUUCCCAAACAAAGACACAUCGUGAAUGGUUAUGCACGCUUGCAGAUGGACUAGGCCCAUUCUCAAUGCUUGUUAGUUUAAAAAGGCAAAUUCUAGACAAAGGACUGCAUACUGCUCCAAGAGAAGAGCCUCUCCCUAUAACUUACGCGCCAAGAAAAAAGGGGCAUUGCAACGCUUCUCAAAGUUCAUCAGGCCAAAUGCCUGAUUCUCCGAACCCCAGGCACCCUAAGCGCUUGCGCCUAGGAGAUUUUGAUGCCAUCGAUGACCAUCCGGCUCCAAGCGAGCCUUCUACUCCGCCUAACAUUGAACUAACAGAGGAAACCUUAGACGAAAUUCCAGAUGACAUCCCGGACCCACGGACUCCUACUGAGACUCUGGUGGUCGAUUUUAUGGUCAAUCUUCUUGGGGGUUUAGCAUGCCUCUUACAGCCCCUUGCUUACCAGACUGUUUGCGUGGCUAAUGCCUUUGAGACAACCUAUCAAUUUGGCCCCCUUCCGAAUGACGGGAGCAUCCCCUUCAGCCUGCCUCCGGACAAAAAUCUUCCUGAAAUGGUGAUAUUCGAAGCCAAGCGUGCCCAUUGUGGAACUGGCCAAGGCGUUACUGUUGUGGGGCAGCAGUCAAUGGAGCAUGUUGCAUAUAUCUGGAAACGACACAAAAAUGAUCAAUUGCCGAGGAACCCCAGAACUUACCAUACUUUCAUGAUUGCACAAGAUUUCCUGUCCUUCUACAUCAGCAUUGGGACUUAUGACAAAGAGUACCUUGACUACAUUUUUAGCCCUGGCGAUGUACCUGUUGUUGCUCAAAGGGGAAAAAAUCACUUUCUUCGAAUUCAGGAGUUUGGGCCGUUCCAAGUUGAUGAGAGAUGA